AUGACUAACACAGAAUUAGCACAAAAACACCAGGCACUAACCAAAAGUUUCCUCGGCUACAACACCAUCGACAAGGCAGAGCCAUCUGCCUUGAAGGACUUUGUCGUCAAACACGAAGGUCACACCGUCAUCAAGAAAGUCUUGAUCUCGAACAACGGUAUUGCCGCAGUGAAAGAAAUCAGAUCCGUCAGAAAAUGGGCCUACGAAACCUUUGGCGAUGAGAAAACAAUCCAAUUCGUCGCCAUGGCAACCCCAGAAGAUUUGGAGGCAAACGCCGAAUACAUCAGAAUGGCAGACCAAUAUGUCGAAGUUCCCGGCGGAACCAACAACAACAACUAUGCCAACGUUGACUUGAUUGUCGAAAUCGCAGAAAGAACCAAGGUCGACGCAGUCUGGGCUGGUUGGGGUCAUGCCUCCGAAAACCCAGAUUUGCCGGAAAAAUUGGCAGCCUCUCCUAGAAAAAUCAUCUUUAUCGGUCCUCCAGGUUCAGCAAUGAGAUCCUUGGGUGACAAGAUUUCCUCCACCAUUGUCGCACAACACGCCAAGGUCCCUUGUAUCCCUUGGUCCGGUACUGGUGUCGACAAGGUUGUGGUCGAUAAGACCUCGAACUUGGUUUCCGUUGAUGACGAAACCUACGCUAAAGGUUGCUGCAUCUCUGCAGAAGAUGGUUUAAUCAAGGCAAAAGAAAUAGGUUUCCCAGUUAUGAUUAAAGCCUCUGAAGGUGGUGGUGGUAAAGGUAUCAGAAAAGUCGAUGACGAAAAAGACUUUGCCAGAUUAUACGAACAGGCUGCAAAUGAAAUCCCAGGUUCUCCAAUCUUCAUCAUGAAGUUGGCUGGUGCAGCAAGACAUUUAGAGGUACAAUUGUUGGCCGAUCAAUACGGUACAAACAUUUCCCUUUUUGGUAGAGAUUGUUCCGUUCAAAGAAGACAUCAGAAGAUUAUUGAAGAAGCCCCUGUCACAAUCGCAAAGCCAGAAACUUUCAGAGAAAUGGAAGCCGCAGCAGUUAGAUUGGGAGAGUUGGUCGGUUACGUCUCUGCUGGUACUGUCGAAUACUUGUACUCCUUUGCAGAUGACAAGUUCUACUUUUUGGAAUUGAACCCAAGAUUACAGGUUGAGCAUCCAACCACUGAAAUGGUUUCCGGUGUCAACCUCCCUGCUGCUCAAUUGCAGAUUGCCAUGGGUAUUCCAAUGCACAGAAUCAGCGACAUUAGAUUAUUGUACGGUGUUGAUCCUCACACUUCAACUGAAAUUGACUUCACCUUCAAGAACCCUGAAAGCUUACAAACCCAAAGAAAACCAACUCCAAAGGGUCACUGUACUGCUUGUCGUAUCACCUCUGAAGACCCUAGUGAAGGUUUCAAGCCUUCCGGUGGUACCAUUCAUGAAUUGAAUUUCAGAUCUUCUUCAAACGUCUGGGGUUACUUUUCUGUCGCGAACCAAUCCUCCAUUCAUUCUUUUGCCGACUCUCAAUUCGGUCAUAUCUUUGCGUUCGGUGAAAACAGACAAGCGUCCAGAAAACAUAUGGUUGUUGCUUUGAAAGAAUUGAGUAUUAGAGGUGACUUCAGAACCACUGUAGAAUAUUUGAUCAAACUUUUGGAAACUCCUGAUUUCUCCGAAAAUACAAUCACCACUGGUUGGUUGGAUGAAUUGAUCUCCAAAAAACUAACUGCAGAAAGACCAGAUUCAAACUUAGCUGUCAUCUGUGGUGCAGUCACUAAAGCUUAUCUUCAAGCAGAUGAAUGCAAAAAGGAAUACAUAUGCUCUUUGGAAAAAGGACAAGUUCCUUCAAAGGAAUUAUUGAAAACCAUCUUCACUGUUGAAUUCAUUUACGAAGGCUACAAAUACAAAUUUACUGUCGCAAAGGCCAGUGAAGAAGAUUUCACCUUAUUCAUCAACGGUUCUAGAGUCAUGGCAAAUGUCAAAUCCUUAUCUGAUGGAGGCUUAUUGAUUGCCUUGGGAGGCAAAUCUCAUUCCAUCUAUUGGAAGGAAGAAGUUGCGGCCACUAGAUUAUCAGUUAAUGGUAAGACAUGUCUAUUGGAAAUUGAAAAUGAUCCUACCCAAUUAAGAACUCCUUCUCCAGGUAAAUUGAUUAAGUAUCUGGUUGAAGACGGUGAACACAUUGACGCUGGCCAACCAUUUGCUGAGGUCGAAGUGAUGAAGAUGUGUAUGCCUUUGAUUGCCACCGAAAAUGGUACAGUUCAACUCUUGAAGCAACCUGGUUCCACAGUCAAUGCUGGUGAUAUCUUGGCAAUCCUUUCACUGGAUGAUCCAUCCAAGGUUAAACAUGCACUACCAUUUGAGAAAACUUUACCAGAUUUAGGUAUCCCUAUGAUUGGUGGUGCCAAACCAGCUCAUAGAUUUGAAAGACUAUACAGAAUUUUAACAUCUAUUUUGAAAGGUUUCGAUAAUCAAGUUGUCAUGAAGUCUACUUUGACCAAAUUGAUUAGUGUUCUCAGAGAUCCAGAAUUGCCAUACUCUGAAUGGGGCAACCAAAUUUCUGCUCUUCAUUCAAGAUUGCCAGCCAAGUUAGAUGCUCAAUUAACUGAUUUAGUUAAAAGAACUGAAAAAAGAAAUGCGGAAUUCCCAUCCAAACAAAUCUUAGCCCUUUUUGAAAAAACCAAGAAAGAGGAAGACAUCGAUGCAUUAUUUGAUCAAGUUGUUGAGCCAUUAACCUCUAUUGCAAAACGUUAUGAAGAAGGUUUAUCUGUUCAUGAAUACAACGUUUUUGCGGGAUUACUGGAAGAAUACUUUAGAGUCGAAUCCUUGUUUGCUGGUGAUAAUGUAAGAGAAGAAGAUGUUAUUUUGAAACUAAGAGAUGAAAAUAAAGAUGACCUAGCUGUCGUAGUUCAAACUGUUCUAUCACAUUCCAGAAUUGCAUCUAAAAACAAUUUGAUUAUUGCUAUUCUCGAAAACUACCAAUCUAUCUUGAAGAAUUCCCCAACAGCUGUUGAGGUCUUUAGGAAACCUUUGAAGAAGAUUGUUGAAUUGGACACUAGAGCUACUGCAAAAGCCACUUUGAAGGCUAGAGAAAUUCUCAUCCAGUGCUCAAUGCCUUCUAUUGCUGAAAGAACUGAACAGUUGCAACACAUUUUGAAGACGUCGGUGAUCUCUUCCAAAUUCGGUGAGAUUGGUGUUCCACAACAUACUUUACCUUCUAUGCCUGUUAUUCAAGAUAUCAUUGACUCCAAGUACACUCUGUUUGAUGUUUUAACCCCUUUCUUGUGUUCUUCAGACCAAUGGGUUGCUGCAGCUGCUGCUGAAGUCUACGUUAGAAGAGCUUACAGAGCAUACUCAGUUCAAGGUGUCAAGCACGAGAUUCCAGAGUCUACAAAGGACACAACGAUCUUGAAGUGGAGCUUCCAAUUGCCAAGCUUGUCCACCUCUAGCUUCAACGCUGUUCCAGACUCUUUGAGAAGCGACAACUCCAUGAACAGGGCUGUAUCUGUCUCUGACUUGACCUUCCUGAUAAACAAAAAUGACUCUCAACCAGUCAGAUCUGGUGUUUUGGUUUCUGCACAACAUUUGGAUGAAGCAGAAAGUGCUUUGUCCGCUGGAUUAGAUUCAUUAGCAAAAGAUUUGAAGGAUACAUCUGCUCUUGUCAAUGUCUGUAACAUUGUUAUCGGCUCUACUGACGGUUAUACCGAACAAUCGUCUAUAGUAUCCAAGAUGCAACAAGUUGUAAAUGAUUACAAGACUGAAUUGAACAAUGUUGGCCUUAGAAGAGUUACCUUUGUUGUUGGUGACAGUGAUGGCUCAUAUCCAAAGUACUUCACUUUCAAGACAUCCAAUAUUGGUGAUAUUUACACGGAAGACCAAAUGAUCAGACAUGUUGAACCAGCCUUAGCCUAUCAAUUAGAGUUGGGAAGACUGUCCAACUUCAACAUCAAGUCGAUUCCAACCGAUAAUAGAAAUAUUCACGUCUAUGAAGCAUCUGCUAAGAACUCGGCUGGUAUUGAUAGAAGAUACUUUACUAGAGGUAUUAUCAGAACGGGCUCAAUCAAAAGUGAAAUCACUGCAUCUGAAUAUUUAACCUCCGAAGCCCACAGAUUAGUGUCUGAUAUUUUAGAUCAGCUUGAGAUUCUUGAUACCUCUAACACCGACCUGAACCACAUUUUCAUCAACUUCUCUGCUGUUUUCAAUAUCACCCCUGAAGAUGUUGAAAAUGCAUUUGCAAGUUUCUUAGAAAGAUUUGGUAGAAGGUUAUGGAGAUUGAGAGUUACUGGUGCAGAAAUCAGAAUAAUGUGUACUGAUUCAACGACUGGUAUUCCAUUCCCGUUGAGAGCAGUUAUUAACAACGUCAGUGGUUAUGUUGUCAAGUCUGAACUAUACAUUGAAGAGAAAAAUGCCCAAGGUGAAUGGAUUUUCAAGUCUAUUGGAACACCAGGUUCUAUGCACUUGAGACCAAUCUCUACACCAUAUCCAACCAAAGAGUGGUUACAACCUAAGAGACAAAGAGCUCAUCAAUUAGGUACUACAUACGUUUAUGACUUCCCUGAAUUAUUCAAGCAAGCUUUGCUUUCUUCCUGGAAGGAAUUUGAUGCUGAUGCCAAGAUAACUGACUCAUUUUUCUCAUAUGAAGAAUUGAUCACUGAUGAUUCUGAUGAUGUUACACCAGUCAGCAGAGAACCUGGUGCUAACAAUAUUGGUAUGGUUGCUUUCUUGGUUAGCGCAAAGACUCCUGAAUAUCCAAAGGGUAGACAAUUUGUUAUUGUUGCCAAUGACAUCACUUUCAAGAUUGGUUCAUUUGGUCCAACCGAAGAUGCCUUCUUCAAUAAGGUUACCGAAUAUGCAAGAGAACAUGGAAUUCCAAGAAUUUACUUGUCUGCUAAUUCUGGUGCCAGAAUUGGGAUUGCUGAAGAAUUGCUGCCUUACUAUAAGGUCAACUGGAAUGAUCCUAAUGAUCCAGCUAAGGGCUUCUCCUAUCUAUACUUGAGCUCAGAAGACAUGGCCGAACUGGAAAAGACUGGUAAAGGCUCUUCUGUUGUUACAUCCAAGAUUGUUGAGAAUGGUGAAACCAGAUACGUUAUUGACACUAUUGUCGGUAUGGAAGAUGGUUUAGGUGUUGAAUGUUUGAAGGGUUCUGGUUUGAUUGCCGGUGCUACUUCCAGAGCAUAUAAAGAUAUCUUCACAAUCACAUUGGUCACUUGUAGAUCAGUUGGAAUUGGUGCAUAUUUGGUUAGAUUGGGUGAAAGAGCCAUUCAAGUUGAAGGCCAGCCAAUCAUUUUGACUGGUGCACCUGCUAUAAACAAGUUACUUGGUAGAGAAGUUUACUCUUCCAACUUGCAAUUGGGUGGUACUCAAAUCAUGUACAAAAAUGGUGUUUCUCAUUUGACUGCAGCUGAUGAUUUAGAUGGUGUAGAGAAAAUCAUGAAAUGGUUAUCUUACAUCCCUGCAAAGAGAGGAGCUCCUGUUCCAAUCUUAGAAAGUGAGGACACCUGGGAUAGACCAGUAGACUUCAAGCCAACCAAGAAUGAGCAGUAUGAUGUUAGAUGGAUGAUUGAAGGUAGAGAGACUGAAUCAGGUUUUGAAUACGGUCUGUUUGACAAGGACUCUUUCCAAGAAACUUUAUCAGGAUGGGCCAGAGGUGUUACUAUUGGUAGAGCUAGAUUAGGUGGUAUUCCAAUGGGUGUCAUUGGUGUCGAAACUCGUACUGUUGAAAACAUGUACCCAGCAGAUCCAGCUAACCCAGACUCUAUCGAAUUUUUGGUACAAGAAGCAGGUCAAGUUUGGUAUCCUAACUCUGCUUUCAAGACUGCUCAAGCAAUCAACGACUUCAAUCAUGGUGAGCAGUUGCCACUUAUGAUUCUAGCCAACUGGAGAGGUUUCUCUGGUGGUCAGCGUGAUAUGUACAACGAAGUCCUGAAGUAUGGUUCCUUUAUUGUCGAUGCUUUGGUUGACUUCAAGCAACCAAUCUUCACUUACAUUCCUCCAACUGGUGAACUAAGAGGUGGGUCUUGGGUCGUUGUUGAUCCAACUAUCAAUAAAGAUAUGAUGGAAAUGUAUGCUGAUAUUGAAUCUAGAGCAGGUGUCCUAGAACCAGCUGGUAUGGUUGGUAUCAAAUACAGAGAAAACAAGCUGGUUGAGACCAUGAAUAGAUUGGAUGCCACUUGUCACGAGUUGAAGGCCAAGGCUGAUGCAGCAACAUCCGAAGAAGAAAAGACAGAAUUGUCUAAGGAAUUGAGUACCAGACACGCAAAGCUCUUACCAGUUUACCAACAAAUCUCUGUGCAAUUUGCAGACUUACAUGAUAGAUCUGGGCGUAUGUUAGCCAAGGGUGUCAUAAGAAAAGAAUUAGAAUGGUCUGAAGCUAGAAGAUUCUUUUUCUGGAGAGUUAGAAGAAGAAUGAACGAAGAAUACUUAAUUAAAAGAAUUGCCGACCAAAUUCCAACUUCUACGAGACUUGAAAAGUCUGCUAGAUUGAACUCCUUUUACCCAGCAAGUUUGGACAUUCAAAACGAUAAAGAUGUUGCUUUAUGGAUUGAAGAAAACCACAAGACUUUGGACUCUCAAUUGAAAAAGUUGAAGGGUGAUUCGGUCAAACAGACAUUGGCUAAGUUAUUCAAGAGUGACAUCAAGAAUACCCGCCAGGGAUUAGCUGAAAUAAUGUCUGUUUUGCCAGCCGAUGAAAAGGAACAGAUUCUCAAACUUCUUAAAUAA